AUGAAUUCACAAUGUGAAAAAUGUGGACGUCGGAUGAAAUCUGAACAAAGGUUUUGUCGGCAUGGACAUCGAUUAAAAUGUAAACGACAGGCACGUCUGUUUCCUACUGAAUUGCCGUCAUGUUCAAUGAUUAAUCGAAAUUCUUCGAGAAAAUCGAGCCCAAAAAGUGUACUGAUUGAUCAAUUUAUUCAAGUACAACAAAUAAAUUCUACAAGAUGUAAUACUCUAAGUCAAAGUUAUACUUAUGAUUUGGAUAGUGGUUGCAAAAAUGAUGAAAUCAAGAUGUUUAGAUGCGUUUGCGUGCAACAAAUGGUUUAUCUCAGAGAGAAUAUUAAUAAUUUAACAUAUCGGGAGUUACAUUUCUCAAGUGAAUAUAUUGUGCUAAAACGAUUAGAGGAAAAAAAUCAUCUGAUUAAUCAAAAUCGUUGUAAAGUUGAUCAUUAUUUUCGCUCAUUAACACUUCAAUAUCAAACAAUGAGUAUAUUACUUCAAAACAUAACUAUCACCUCAUUCAAUUACUCUAAACAAGAUGUUCAAUCGCCGUAUGAACGAUUUUCAUUAACUGAAAAUCUUAAACCUACUAAAACUACAUCAAAUGAUAUUGUAAAUCAUUCGCCAUUAACACAACAAAAUGAGAGUUUUCCUAUUAUUGUCACAUUAGAUAAUGAUAAUAAUAAACAACAGCAAUAUUCUCAAAAUGCAACAAACUCUAACCAACAAAAUAUUCUAUUCGGUACUGCCGUUAUUAUUGAUGUCGCUAAAUGUCCACAAGCAAAAAUGGAUUCUUUCUAUCAACCAUAUUUUCAAGAUAAUGGAACUCGUAUAGAAUCAGGAUCAGAUGGGCUCACACUCCAAAAUCAUCACUCGUAUUCCUAUGAAACCAUGUGUUUCCCUCCAAAUUCAAAUCAGCAAGUCGGACUUCAAUACUUCUCAGCUCAUCCUCGAUCUUCUAAUCAAAAUUCACUAUCUUCAACGAAUAGUGAUACUAUAUUGUAUACUUCAACGACGAAUAAACAAGACAAAAAUCAACCUGUCAACUAUACUCAAUCUAUUAAUAAAAUUAAACAAAUAUUAAAUACUCUGCAAAACAAUUUACUACAUAAAACAAUUCCGAAAAAUGAAAAUAUGAAUCAAACGGCCAAUAGAAUUGACAAAUCACCGUCGACAACAAUAACAUCUGAUUCAUUGAUAUCAAACACAAGUAUUCAAACAACAUAUUCUGUUACAUCAACACUACCGAUUUUACAUAAGACUAUGUUUCCACUACUUCAUAGUCAAUCAACUAUUAAUGUUCAAAAUCAAAUUUUAUACAUGAAUUCAGACUCACUUAAUUUCAAUAGGAGGAAAUCUCAAAUGAAAUUUCUUAAUUCAGCACAAAAUCUCAAUACAAAUCAUCAAACAAGUGAUACUGAAGACGAAGAAUUUUUAAACUAUUCUCAAUCUCGUCUUGCUACUAUCAAAUAUAUGUCUCCAUCGUUUAUGUUUGUCUUGCAAAUACUCCUCAUUUUAUGUCUUAUUAGUCGAAUCUCAAUGUACUAUUUUUUUGGUAGUACAUCAAAUGAUCCUCUGACUUCUAUUAUUACUGACAAUACUCAACUAACAACAUCGAUUCGCAAAACCGAAACAACAAAAUUAUCAACGAAUCAUCAGAUAUUCAAUAAUUUCGUUCUGACAUUUUUUUCAGUGUUUGAAUAA